AUGGAUAAAACUGGGAACAGCGGCAAACACGAAGUUGCAAAAGAAGCUAGAACAACGUUAAAAGAACCCAGACCUCACUGGUCUCAGUUUAGGGUCGUGGAUCUGGAUCAGGGCAGCCGGCUUUACGUUUUUGGAACCAGGACGCUUCCAAACUUGCUCUUCUAUGGUCCACCUGGAACAGGAAAGACCUCUACCAUAUUAGCUGCUGCGAGAGAACUUUAUGGCCCAGAGCUAUACAAGCAGAGGGUGCUUGAGCUCAAUGCUUCAGAUGAAAGGGGCAUUCAGGUCAUCAGGGAGAAGGUCAAAAACUUUGCUCAGCUCACUGUUGCAGGGACUCGGUCAGAUGGGAAGCCAUGUCCUCCUUUUAAGAUCAUCAUCCUGGAUGAAGCUGACUCCAUGACUGCACCAGCUCAGGCUGCGCUCAGAAGGACAAUGGAAAAGGAGUCCCGCUCCACACGUUUCUGUCUCAUUUGUAAUUACAUCAGCAGGAUCAUUGAGCCCUUAACGUCCAGAUGUUCCAAGUUUCGUUUUAACCCCCUUGCUGACCAGGUACAAGAAAAGCGCCUGCUAGAGAUCUGUGAGAAGGAGAAACUCAAAUACACAAUCGAGAGUAUAUUAGCAUUAGUGAGGGUGUCGGAAGGAGACCUGCGGAAAGCCAUCACCUUCCUUCAGAGUGCUGCACGCCUCAAUGUCAACAAUGAGAUUACAGAACUUGCCGUCAUCGAAAUAGCUGGGGUUGUUCCAACCAAGAUGAUCAACGAUUUGCUUCAGGUCUGCUUGAAAGGAAGUUUUGAGAAACAAGAGUUUGCAGUCAUGAGCAUGGUGAAUGAAGGCUAUGCAGCCACACAGAUCCUGAGUCAACUUCAUGACUGUAUCAUUGAACAGGACUUGAGUGACGAGCACAAGUCUGUCAUCACUGAAAAAAUGGCGGUGGUGGACAAAUGCCUGUCUGAUGGUGCCGAUGAAUAUUUGCAGCUGCUCAGUCUGUGUUCAGCAAUUGUCCCGCAAGCACCCCAGAACAACUGAAAAUGUCACACUACCAAGCAGAAUCGUGAAACAUUCACGAAGCAAGACCAAGCAAGCGUCAAAUUCCAUUCAGCUAUGUCAGAAGAGUGGCUUGAUUGAAUUCCACAGAUACUUGACAGUAAUGUUUGUCUGAUGUGAUGCUCACUCAAUUCCAGACUGUCCAAUGAUGUCCGUUUCUUUGAUGGGACAAGCUACAAUCGUACAUUUUCACGCUUUACUUAAUUUUGAAAAAUACAAUUUUUGUUUUCAGUGUUUAGAGGAGGCAGCUCAUCAUGCAGAUUUGUUAUUUUGGAGGGGGAGACAAAUGAAGCUAAUAAAAAUUAAGUCAAUGUUCAAACUA